AUGGUAGCCGAUGCGACACGCUCUUCCAGCUUGCCAAAGUGCGCUUUCUCGUAUGACGGGAUGGACUGGCUGGAGGGUGGAGGAGAAGGAACUGCAGGGCCGUUGGCGCAUGAGCCUGGCUGGGAUUUCUUCGUCGUGCCGAUCACUGCAAAAGGUCAGCCUUCGUUCAUACGCGUCCGGAGGUCUCUGCCCAUUCGCUUGGUUCGUGUGUAUGGUGAGUGGCCCAGCAGUGAUUCUGCGCUGGCAACAGUCUUGCAUCCUGGUGGCGUGAAGGAGGCCGAAGUCGUGCUGCCAGAGGCUGCAACGAAGCUGUCCAGGCUGCUGGUAGCAGUUUGUCCACCUGCAGUGGCUGUGCAUAGCCAUGGCGGCAGCGCACUUGAAACAGAAGCUACUGCGCCAAGGCCGAAUUGGAGUGCACUCAGCGGAAUUUGUGCAGCAGCAGUAGCUGCUGCUGAAGCAGAGGCUCAAGCAGCAGAGCUGGAGCAGCGAGCAGCUUGUGGAAGACCUUAUCUAUCAAAUUAUUUGCAUCGACAAGGGAGUAUCUCGCCGGCUUCUUCGGACCUUUCGACGUGUUCCAGCGCCAACCGUAUUGUUACAAGGUCCACUGCUUCCACACCACGAGGACUGACAGCCGGUGCCAUCCUUGCACAACUCUACGAAGAAGAGGUCUUGGCGUCUCUUUCAGCUGGGGAGAGCUCUGGUGAUGCAGGGCUAGACUCUUUAACUGGGAUUCGGCAGAAAAAUGCUGAGAUCGACUCCCUGAAGAAAGAGCUUGAAAAGGAACGUGUGGCAAGGCAAGCUGCUGAAGCCACGGCCAAGCAAUCAAUCUGCACAGCAAGUGAUCUUCAGAAGGAAUGCAGUUUGCUGCAGCAGCAGUUGCGAAAUGCAGAGAGACGGACAAUGGCGUUGGAAAUGCAGGGUCGUCAACUGAGUACCGACCUCCAGCGCGCAGCAUGUCGGGCAGUUCCUGCGAAGACGAUGGACGAUGUGGUGUCAGAGCUCGUGGCGCUGGAGCUCCAGCAACUGAAGUCUUUAACAGCGGGAGAGCGUGCUGGUGCCAAACGUAGGUUGCUGCUCCGGUGGCAUCCAGACAAAAACUCCGGGAACGGAGCUGGCAACGAUUUGGCCAAGCGGGUGCUGCAAGAGUUGCAGUCACACCCAGCUUGGGCUUGA